UAUUGUCCACAUUUGGGCGCAAAUCUCGGUGUCGGCGGACAUGUGGUGACUGAGUCAGAGUCGGGCGACGACUGUAUUCAGUGUCCAUUCCAUGGCUGGAGGUUUGGCGGAGACGGACAGUGCAAACACAUACCUAAUCUCGAAAAGAGUGAAUUGAUAGCAUUGAAGGCAAGGGUUAAGCGGUGGCGAGUGAUGGAGAGAAACGACAUGAUAUACGUCUGGCAUCACACAAGCGAUGCAGAGCCCGACCACUGCCUCCCAGACCUGUCCAAGAAGUACAACAUUCCCAACCUUACAGUACUCUCCAAAUACACCUACAAGUUAUACACAUCAUCACAGCAAGUAAUGGAAAACCUAAUUGACAUUGAGCACAACGACUAUGUGCACGCGCAUUUCAUCAGGGGUGUUCUAAGCACCAAGUUCAUUAUAACGGGCGAUGGCACUGAGGACAGUCCGAUGGUCGUAUUCAUCGAGUUAUUUCUAUUUAAUAGUAAAGUCACCACAAUGCACCUGGAGCAAAGGGCGUGCACACCCGCAUACGCCGAGUCCCACAUCAAAUACAUCGGUAUACCAGGGGUUACGCCCGCGAUGUUAAUCUUGUCGGCUAUCAGUUUGGCGCCCGAAAGGAUGCUCUUCAACACCCGAUUUCUGGGCACUCCUACCCUAUGGAAUCAAAUUUCGUUGCACUGUUCUCGUCAGAGACGGUCGCAUCACUCCAUUCAGCACUUGAAUAGAUCCCAACACUCAUUGGUGGCCAACUCGGGUACGACUGGUAACGAACUCGGGUGUAUCAGUUACCGAGUCUUCAGUACACAACCCUAUGACCGACAGUCGGGACAGACAGUCGGAUCGAUAGGUGAUACACUCGCGUUCCCUAUCUGGUCGUCUCAAUGUUUGGCGCUCGCCUUCACUGACACCCAAAGUAUAGCUAAUCGGCUCUUCAUCGCAAGACCCUAUCUUUGGCGCUCGUCUCUUCACACUCUGCGUCGACAUCGAUGGUCAACGCGGUUCCCUAUUUGGUUGUCGGGCCAUCACAUGGCAAACAUAACUCGACAAUUGGCGCCAUCAGCUCAUGGUGGUACAGAUAGUCGCAACCGGUGUUGCCUCGGCACUAACGCCACGCCAUUCAAGCCUAAUGCUAUCAACUCUCACGCCAUUCACACAACGCUAUACAGCCUCUAA